GUCGGACCUUGUCAUCUACUAAUAAUUAUGACAGCACCAAACUUGUAAUAAUUGCAAGGGGACCUAUUUCCAUGAAUAAAUCAAAGUUCACUUUAAUAUGACUUAGCUUCAAAGCAACGUAUAGUCUCACUUGUGCUAAAUUACAAAACAAGCUCAUUUUCAACUUGCAAUUUGCAUGUACUAAUCCAUACAAAAUGAUGUUUUCCUUAAACAUGAUCAAAGAUUUGACUAAUUAAAUUUAAUUUAAUUUAGAUCAUUGCUUUCCUUCAAAGGUAAUUUAUUUUAAAAAAAUGUAUUCCUCAUGAUUAAAUGCAUGGACUAAUAAUGGAUCACAAAUUCACAACAUUAUCAAGAAAGCAUAUAUGUUCAAGAAAUCAUCUCUCACAAUUCCAAUGUUAGUUCCUACUUAUUUCCUAUUCUUGUUUCAACAAUCAUGCUUCUCUUGCUCUUCUUUCGAAUUUCGAUAAUAUUGUUAUCCUUCCAUCCAAACGGGGCCUUAUCGGCUCGUUGCAUAACAACAACCUCAUCGAAAACCUACCAAAGAUGCAUGACACUCCUCACUCAACAAGCUUCGAUAGCUUGGUCGUUCCACCCCAAAAAUGCAACCCUAGACCUAGCCUUCUUCGGUAGCUUCAUCUCUCCGUCUGGGUGGGUCGGGUGGGGCAUAAACCCUACAUCACCCGAGAUGACGGGUACGCGGGCCUUGAUCGCUUUCCCGGAUCCAAAUACGGGUCAAAUAGUCCUACUCCCCUACAUCUUGGACCCUAACGUCAAGCUCCAACGGGGCCCGCUCCUCUCCCGUCCGCUCGACCUCCACGCCACCGCCUCGUCAGCCGCUCUGUACGGUGGCCGCAUGGCCACCAUACACAGCGGGGCCACCAUCCAGAUACACGCCACCGUAAACCUCGUAACGAACAAAACCAAGAUCCACUUCGUCUGGAACCGCGGGCUAUACGUCCAGGGCUACUCCCCGACCAUCCAUCCAACUGGAACGGACGAUCUCUCCUCGAUCGCCACGAUAGACGUCCUGUCCGGGGCGACCGACGGGUCCCACACAAACAUAAUCCAGCCACUCAAAAUCGCACACGGUGUAAUAAAUGCAGUCUCGUGGGGAAUCUUGCUCCCGAUCGGGGCAAUCACUGCCAGAUACCUGCGCCAGAUCCAGUCAGUGGGGCCCGCAUGGUUCUACAUGCACGUAGGGGUUCAAAUCUCCGCGAUUGUUUUGGGUACGGUGGGGUUCGGCAUUGGAAUCAAGCUAGGGGAAAUGUCCCCCGGCCGGGUGUACGGGCCCCACCGGAAGCUAGGGUUUGCAGCUUUCUGCCUGGGAUGGCUGCAGACCCUGGCGCUGUUGUUCAGACCUAAAACAACGAAUAAGUUCCGGAAGUAUUGGAAAUCGUACCACCACUUCGUGGGGUACGGUUGCGUGAUUUUAGGGGUUGUGAAUUGUUUCCAAGGGUUUGAAGUGAUGGGGGAGGAGUACUCUUAUGCAAAGUUGGGUUAUUGUUUGUGUUUGUCUACAUUGGUAGGGGUUUGCAUUGCACUUGAAGUUAAUUCUUGGGUUAUUUUUUGUAGAAAAUCUAAGGAAGAAAAGUUGAAGAGGGAGGGGCUGUUUGGGAGUGGAUCAAUUAAUAAUAGUCGUUAAUUGUGAAAUUGAUUUUACAUGCUAUAAGUUUUAAUUAGCCCAUUUUCACAUGCAGAAAUUUUGAAUUUAUUUAUUAUGCUGUAACAUUAUUUUUUUUUUGAUAAAUUUAUUAUGCUGUAACAUGUUA